AUGGCUCCCAAAAAGGUUGCUAUCAUUGGCGCCGGCCCGUCAGGGCUUGUCACAGCAAAGACUCUUCUCCAUAGUUUCCCACCAGAAACCUUUGCCCCCACUGUCUUCGACAGCCGUGACCAAAUUGGCGGGCUCUGGCCAGUCACAUGGGAUGACCAUGUUAGUGCAAGGAGACUGGAUCCCUGGAUGCACACGAACCUCAGUCGCUUUACCGUAGCUUUCUCUGACCUAGCCUGGGAAUCUGUUUUCCCUGAUGCGGAAAUCCCUCUAUUUCCGUGCGCAAAAAAAGUGGGCACGUAUCUGGCUAAAUAUCGCGAACGAUAUGUCCCGCAGAGCUUGCUAAGACUAGGACAUAAAGUGGUGCGUACGACACGACGAGUCGAGAAAGGAGCUACACGAUGGACAGUCUAUUGGGUUAUAGAUAGUGCUGGACCAAAUGGCGAAGUUGCCUCGGAAGACUUCGACUUGCUUGUUGUCGCAUCUGGGCACUUUGCACGCCCUUGUAUACCUGACAUCCCAGGCCUGGAUCAAUUCCCAGACAGAGCCGUGCAUAGUUCUGUCCUUCGAUUCGACAAAAAUGGUUUUCUGUUGUGCAACAACUCUGAUACGGCCCACGGCAAUGUAAUUGUCAUUGGUGGUAGUAUGUCUGGCGUUGAAGCCGCCUCGGCUGUUGCUCUUCAACAAUCCUCUACAGCACAUUCUACAGAGACGAAACCUCAAUCCUCAAGUGAGACAGCAGUGGUGCAUCAUAUCUACUCGCACCCCUUCUGGACACUACCAACCUAUCUACCCCAUGAGACAGGCGACGACACUAUUUCAUUCCUGCCUCUGGAUCUGGUCAUGUAUGACCUGAGUCGCCGGUCAAACGGGCCAGUGGAAUAUGCAGUAGGACCAAUUCCAGCAGAGAAGGCACAAAAGACCAACAAAUACUUCCAUUCUCUCCUUGGACCGGAUUACGAACGGUUCGGCCAUGCGCAUCAGCCAUAUAAUGGUGACGAAGCUGACACGCGCGCUCCCUGGGUGGCUAUCGGAAAUGACUAUGCGGAGUAUGUUCGAUCUCAAGCGAUAGAGCGCACGAUGGGUCGAGCCGUCUCGGUGCAGCAUGGUAGCCAAGAUGGGUUGGCUUCAAUUACGGUCAAGGUUCACGGUGGACAAAUCAAAACAAUAGAUAGAGUGACAGCUAUCGUCUUGGCCACGGGUUAUACCCCCUUUGACUCGUUGUCUUUUCUGCCAGAUGAUGUUUUAUCGGCUCUUGAAUACUCCGCCGAAGACUCGCAUUCGCCUCUGAUUCUGGACAAGGGAGGCACCGUGCGAUCCGAGAUGCCGGAUUUUGGUUUCGUAGGCUUUUACCGCGGGCCUUAUUGGGGUGUGAUGGAAAUGCAAGCACGAUUACUGGGGCAGAUAUGGUCAACAGACAAUGACCUUGCACAUUUCUCUAAAACAGAAGACCAGAGGGAAAGUCUUCGAGCCCUCCGUCUGGCUGAUCCGGGACUUCGUCGUGGCCAGUUUCCUAUGGGCGACUAUGUUGGGUUGAUGGAGUCGUUUGCUCGAGACCUGGGCAUUCGUCGCGCAGAGCUAUCUGAAAGCGAAGGUAGACCUGGGCCUGUUGCACCAGCUCGAUAUGUCUAUCCUCCGGUAUCUUCCACAAACCCAAGCAAAGAUCAAGCCACGAUGAAUGUCGAAGCAAAGACCAGCUUGAAUUUUCUCAAAUCUACGCUUGCCUCCAGUGAAUCAACGGCCACAGAGGUUAUCUUCCGCGCUUUGCAUGGCACCUGGCAAGUUCAUCGAACUCAUACCUGGAGUCAUAAUGGCGGAACCGAAAAUGUGCAUGGCUCUGUGACAUUACACCCGCGCUAUCUGUUUAAUCCGGCGUUGGACAAGGAAUAUGUGUGUCACGAGUUCGAACAGUCUGUUUCGGCUCAUGGUAGAUCGUUCUCGUUAAGAAAUUCGUGGAUAUUUCGCGCGCCAGAAACUGAUGGAAGUGGAAUCAAAGUCCUUACCGAAACCAAAAUGAACAGACAGACUGAGCAGCGGUUCAAUCAUUACAUACAACCCACAACACCUUUCUACCGAAAGAAACAUGAUGCAGACUAUAUUCCUGGCCAAUACGUGAUUUAUGCCAAAGGCGUCUUUGAACAGGCUGACUCGGGCUCGCCGAGGGCUUUACCAUCCGAGUGCAAGUAUACAUUUCAUUUCCAUGGAGUAUCAAUCUCUUCCUGGGUAUUGGAAUGGACCGGUUUGGGCGAUGAAUCACAGAGUGUUGGCCACCAGGUUUCUCAAUCUCGAACGGUGUAUGAGCGAUAG